CCGAGGAUAAUCCUUGUCUUGUCCAAGGGCGAUCAUUUUCAUACGCAACGUGAAAUAAUCAGAUGAUGACUUGUAAAGAAAGAUCUGCGGGGCUGGCUGUGAUCCCAUGUGUGCAUCGCAUGGUGAAGGCCAUCAUCCAUUCGGUACCGGAUGCAGAGCGAGCGUGACGAAGCGCGCAGCAGCUUACCAACGAAGAAUGAGCGCACCACCACCCUUUCUUCCCGAGGUCUUUCGGCGCGCCUGACUCGAUCGACCUGGUUUGGAAUCAAACGGCGCGCAGCAGGAACGAGCUGCCGCUACCGAGGAAAAACCAUAUAUCGGUUCGCAACGUUUCUAGGGAUUCAGAUCGAGAGUCUCAUCAUUGACAGUUGGAGUUAUCCGUCGUACCCGUCAUGCCAGGAUGUAAGGCCGCUUGACCAUGUGUGUCCAUGUGUGUGUGCCUGCGAUCGGCCCGCCUCGCAGCCCGACGAAGGUCAUGAUAGGCUUCUCGGUAGGAGAAGCCACCAAGUCCGAGGACAGCGCGGGAAGUUUUGGAUCCAAUGGAUGUAUUCCUCCACUAGACGACAUAGACGAGAUCUCACCAGUCUCUUGUUCUUCCACUCAAACAUGGCGGUCAGACAACAUUCAGUCGAGGAGGCAGUAUGGAAAUGCGUGUUCUGGGCCAAAACAUCCCGCGUGGAGAUGUUUGUGUGUGUGUAUGCCCCACUCGUGAGUCCUUCUUUCUGCGUGAGCGUUGCAGCCGUUUGUUUCGCCAUGGGGCGCCGGCAACGUCACGUCCUCGAAUGGAAAAAUCUUCGAUUUUACUUUCCGCACGCCCGCACACCCCAACAACGGCUCUCGAUAGUCUCAAACGCUGGCGCCUAAAAGACAGGCCCCUUCUCGUAAAGCCGUUGUGGCUAUUCAGACGUCGGGUGAUGAUGGAUUUGAAAGAUGCGUAGGAGCCGUGCACCCUUUUCAUUUUCCAUCACCUCGAUGAGGUCGUCCAAAAGCGGAAGCCAGGGAUGUCUACACCAUCACCAACGAUGAGAGAAAGUAAAAUAUAUUGAUU